UUUCACAAGGCGCUCUUUAAGCUCCGCUGUCGCCACACAGAGCAGCCAUUCAUCUGCUCCACAGUCAGCCACACACUCCCAUGUCCAACCACUGGACAGCUCAACUGGAAUAAAUAGUAAAGUCGGUUUUGAGCCGAGGGUUUGGAUACUUUACGCACGGCCAUGGAUUUGGUGAAGGAGCAGUGACUCGAGUCAAACAAGAGAAAAUCUAAAACACAAAGACACUUUUUCCACUUCAUCAUUUGUUAGAGACAAAACAGAAGCAGAAUGUCCGCUGAGGAUCACAGCCUGUCUGAGGCAGAGCUGAGUCCCGGAGGCUCUGAAGAUGCGCACUCUCUGUCUCCUGCGCACUGUGGCGCGGUGGGCGCGCAGGACUCGCCUCUGGGCGCACAGCAGCAGCUCACCACGCUCUGUGUGGCUGAAGACUCAGAGGACGGGAGCCAGUCCAGGGCCAAAUCGGACGAAGAGGACGAUCGUUUUCCCAUCGGCAUCAGGGAGGCGGUGAGUCAGGUGCUGGACGGAUACGACUGGACACUGGUGCCAAUGCCCGUGCGCGUCAACAGCGGCAGUAAAGCCAAGCCGCACGUGAAGAGGCCCAUGAACGCGUUUAUGGUGUGGGCCCAGGCCGCGCGCAGGAAGCUCGCGGACCAGUAUCCACAUCUGCACAACGCAGAGCUCAGCAAGACUCUGGGGAAACUGUGGAGGCUGCUAAACGAAAACGACAAGAGGCCAUUCAUCGAGGAGGCGGAGAGACUGAGGAAACAGCACAAGAAGGACUACCCCGAGUACAAGUACCAGCCCCGGAGGCGCAAGAACGGCAAACUGACGCCUGUAAAUGAGACGGACAGCCAGGGGGAAGGGGAGGCCAGUCACUCCCAGUCCCACUACAAGACCCUGCACCUGGAGCAUAACGGGGCUGCGUCUCCUCUGGGAGAGCUGCACCAUCACCACCAUCACCACCACCACCACUCUGCAGGUCAAGGUCACAGUCCCCCCACCCCUCCCACCACCCCAAAAACAGAGCUACAGUCUGGAAAGUUGUCCGAUUCCAAACGUGAGGGAGGUGCAGGAGCUUCAGGGGGGUCCAGGGGGGCGCUGGGGGUGGGGGCUGAGGGAGCGUCUAGUUCUACCUCAUCCGGUGCAAAACCACACAUUGACUUCGGCACGAUGGACAUUGGAGAAAUCAGCCACGAUGUUAUGUCCAAUAUUGAACCUUUUGAUGUGAAUGAGUUUGACCAGUAUCUGCCGCCCAACGGCCACCCUCAGAGCAGCGCGGCGUCGGCCGGGCCCCCCUCCACCUCCUCAUAUGCCUACGCCCUGGCGGCCGCGAGCGGGCACUCCGCCUGGCUGUCCAAGCAGCAGUCUCAGACCUCUCCGUCGCCCUCAGACCCCGCCAAGGCCCAGAUCAAGAGCGAAUCUGCGUCUGGGAGCCACUACGCCGAAGCCUCGUCCUCCCCCUCGUCCGGCACCCACGUGACCUACACCCCCCUGAGCCUGCCCCACUACGGCUCGGCCUUUCCCUCCCUGGCCUCCAGGGCUCAGUUUGAGUACGGGGAGCACCAGGGGCCCGGAGCCUACUACGCCCACUCCAGUCAGGCUCCAGGGCUGUACUCAGCCUUCUCCUACAUGGGCCCCACACAGAGGCCCCUGUACACCACCAUAGGAGACCCCGCCAGUGUGGCCCCUUCACACAGCCCUACACACUGGGAGCAGCCUGUUUACACUACACUCACACGGCCUUAGAGUAGGAGCAGAGCAGAGGGAAUCAUGGGAAGUGUGUGUGGAUGAAUGUGUGUGUACUGGGUCAGAGACGUAGAAACUGGACUGAAGUGAUAAUAACGUCUGAAGGUGGAGGACUUCUACGUCUGUGAUGUCUGAGAGUGUGUCUGUGCCAUUUUGAUGUUAAGACAUUUUUACUUUUUUAGCCAAUACCAUGCAAGCAUUUAUAAGGCCUUAAAAACAAUACUCACUGUGUGAUUGUGUCACA